UAAAUCUGUAAAUAAAUAAGUAUAUAAUACACUCACGUAAAAUAUGUAAGUACAUAGGUAGGUAUGUCAUGAAUCAAAUUUUCUAACCCAGAUUAAUAGACUGCUAGAUUUUAUAAGACUGCUGUAAUGUAAAAAUAGUUAUCCGGUGACUCAGUUUACUUUAUACCAACCUAACUACUGCACGGUGUUGAUAUAGACAACUUUAUGACAUUAACAACGCAAUACACAGUAAUAAUUUACCUAAAUAACGUGUAAGACGUAAUUUUUACCGUCCAAAAUUUUCCAAUAGGUAAUCAUAAUUAUCAUUUAAUUACAUACAGCCCCCUGAAACAGCAUACAGUAAAAUAAAUGCGAGCGAUGCGCCCGCGCACGCGCCGCGGCGCUGCUGUCGCGCGUUUAUCCGACGCCAUUUUCACACAGUCCGUGAGCUUUCCCGCAUCCAGAUCACUAAGCAUCCCCCGCAGCGACAGCGUUGUGAGACACAAGUCGUGUCGCGAGCUGCGGUGCCCUUCGCACGUGCCACUAAUUCCAGUGUCACCCACUUAAAGGACUACUCAAAUUGUAUUUCGCACGAAACAACUCCCCGAUGACUCUUAUUCAAAGAACGAGUGAAGCGAAAGUAGAAGCUAUGGACGGUUCCCCGGCUAAAGAAGACAGUGGAAAGUCAUCGCGCCCCGUCAGAAACAGAAGAUACACUCGGAGGAGUUUAGUGGCGGGCCAGCGACCACAGAAGAGACUCUUCACGCCAGAAAUCAAGCGAUAUUUGAAGGACUGGCUAGUUCGUCGAAGAGAGAAUCCCUAUCCAAACAGAGAAGAAAAGAAAUAUCUGUCUCGCGAAACUGGACUCACGUACAUUCAAAUUUGUAAUUGGUUCGCUAAUUGGCGAAGAAAGUUAAAAAAUGUAAAUGCAGAUACAAAUCAACAAAACUGGGGCCACCUUAUUCGCACAUACAACGAUCGCGCACACGGCAAUGUAGAGCAAUUCAGCAUUUGCUCUGACGACAGUAUAUGGAGCGAGCCAGAUGCGACCAGCGCAGACCAACGCUCCACAGACAUGGAAAACGGCUAUAGCGGCAGUCCAGAAAAAACGCCAGAAUACCACCAAGACUCGGACACAUCGUCCACAUCAAAAGAAAAGUUUGACAACAAUAACAGCUACACUAAUGAGCCCAGAACACUCUCUAUGUCUGAAGAGUCGAAGCCCAGUCCUUUGCUUCUGAGCAAGUGGUUAGAGAGUGCUGCGAGAUUUCAGCCAAGUGAGAGUAAUUACUCUUGGUGGGAUGGGAGACGACGGAAGCCCGAGCCGAAGGUGCAGCGAGUGGUGCUGAACGCAACCCGCCACGACCGUGACGAGGUGGAGGCGGCCGUAGCGCUGACUGCUCUAGCAAGCGCCACCAACCGUGUUACCGCAAUAUAAAAUAUAUAUAGUUAUUCAAUUCAAUCAAAAGUAUUAAGAGUACCAAAGUCAUUUGUACUCAAGUCAAGAACCUAAUAUCUCAAUCUGUAUCUUUGAACAAUGACAAAGUGCAAUGUAAAGUGCUAGUAAUGUUAGUAUUAUGUUGAUCACAAUUUAUUAUAUGUUCAUUUAUUUUUACCUUAAUUAUUACGCCAUGAGAAAUAACUUGCUCAAGUUUCGUAAUGUGUUACUGAUGUCAUGUUAAUGUAUUUGAUCUCUUUUAAUCUAGUUUUAAGUUGCAAUACAUACCAAAGAUUGUGUUUAUGUUUCAAAUAGAUAAUAGAUGUUUCUAAAUUUA